GGGUGUGGACAGCUGUAAAUCCCUGUGCUAGCGGCGGACCGGAAGGCCACACCCAGUGCCGUUGCCCGCCGGCCCCGAGCGGCCAUGGAGUGCAUCGUCCGCCCGGCCCAGAGCGCCGACUGCGACCACCUCAUGGGCAUGAUCCGUGAGAUUGCCGAAUAUCAUAACCUGCUGGACGAGGUCAAAAUCAACUCCCAGGUGUUGAGCGCUGAUGGGUUUGGAGGGGACCCCUUCUACCAAUGUCUCGUCGCGGAACUGGCCCCGGAACAAGAAGGCAAGCAAGGUCACCUAAUCGGUUACGCCUUAUUCUUCUUCGGCUACAGUGUGAACACUGGCCGCAUCGUCUACUUGGAGAAUCUAUAUGUGGUCUCUGAGUCCAGAGGCCAGGGGAUCGGGAAGAAGCUGAUGAGUGAAGUGGCCAAGCUGGCGCUGGCCCGCGGCUGCGUCGAGAUGAAGUUCACGGUGGCGGAGUGGAACGUCCGGGCCCUGGCAUGGUACCGGCAGCUCGGGGCCCAAGACAAGACGGAGGCGGGCGGCUGGCACUGCGUGGAGCUGGGUGGCGAGGCCCUGCAGAGGCUGGCAGGGGACAGACGGUGAUCCGGGGCCACGGGGAGGCGGGCUGAUGCGGCCACCGGUGCCAGGCAGAGGUGACGGAGCUAAACCAGCCGGAGCCCUCCGGGCCCCACGGCGUCCUGCGUCUGCCCCUCCCCAGCCCUCCAUCCGUCCCUCUAUCCCACACAGCCCUCCAUCCAUCUCCCACAGCCCUCCAUCCGUCCCUCUAUCCACACAGCCCUCCAUCCAUCCAUCCCCCACAGCCCAUCCCCCUCCAUCCAUCCAUCCAUCCAUCUCUCCCCAGUGCCCUCCUUCCAUCCAUCCUCCCUCCAUCUCCCACAUCCCUCCAUGCCCCCAUCCAUCCAUCCCUCCCUCACACCCCGCCCUCCAGCUUCUCCACCCACCCAACCCCCAUGAGUCCAAUCUCUGGGUCCAUACGGGCCCCGCUCCUCACCAGGCCAGUGGGGCCUCACCCAGCAACGAAGCGGCUUGCGAGCAAUCCCAAUAAACGGAGGCCGAACUGGG